ACCGCAUACGUCGCGGCUCCAAAAGUCCCAAAGUUCCUCUCCUUCCGCAUUCGCCACACUACCCGGCAGCGCCUUCAUGGCUCGCGAAACAACGAAGGUCUCCCUUCGUCUCCCCUCCAUAUUUCUUCUCCUAACCCUAGCCGUUCUCCUCCUAUUCUCAUCAUCCACCCUUUUCUUCCCUCCCGCCUCCUCCAAGACAUCUCCACCGCUCCGCCGCCACUCCAAUCAUUUAUGCAGCAACCGAGCCGCCGACCUUACACGAGGUUUCUGGACCCACGAUUCCCGAUACAAAAAUCACAGCCGUCCACUCUACGACGCUUCGUGUUCUUUUCAUCGCAAUGCAUGGAACUGUCUCCGCAACGCGAGGGAGAACAUGGAGGCGAUUAACUCCUGGGUAUGGAUUCCUGAAGGAUGCGGUGGCUUGCCGUUGCCGCGGAUCGAUCCUGCGGCAUUCCUUGCUGCCAUGAGGGGGCGGCGGAUUGGGUUUGUUGGAGAUUCGCUGAAUGAGAAUUUUGUUGUGGCGUUCCUUUGCGCGCUGGGAUCAGUUGAUUCAGGUGCGCGGAAGUGGAAAAGGAAAGGGGCGUGGAGGGGCGGCUACUUCCCUAAGUUUGAUUUCACUGUGGCUUACCACCGGGCCGUGCUGCUUGCUAAGUACACGUGGCAACCUGUGGAGCAAUUGGACCUUCCCAAUAAAGAUGGUUUGAAAGGAUUCUACAAGGUAGAUGUUGAUAUUCCGGCUGAUGAUUGGGCAAAUAUAAGCCAGUUCUAUGAUGUCUUAGUAUUCAACACCGGACACUGGUAA